GAGACACAGCCAUCUUCUGGGUGGAGCUAGAUGUCCCCGAGGGUCCUGUCCGGUGGCUAAGGAACCAGGAGGAGAUGGUGGCAGGGGGCCGGGUAGCCAUCACCGCAGAAGGCACGUGCCACACACUGACCAUCUUCCAGUGCACCUUGGAGGAUAUGGGUGAGGUGGCCUUUGUGGCUGGGGGCUGCCGAACGACCACCCAGUUCUGCGUAUCAGCGCCCAGGAGGCCUCCCCUGUACCCCCCUGCUGAUCCUGUGGUAAAGGCCAAGACAGAGAGUUCUGUGACCCUCAGCUGGUCACCACCACCCCGUGGGGAGCGCCCUGUCACCAUUGAUGGUUAUGUGGUGGAGAAAAGGAAGCUUGGUGCUUAUGCCUGGAGCCGGUGUCAUGAAGCGGAAUGGCUGGUCACAACUGAGUUUACUGUCUCUGGUGUGGCUGAGGAGGGGGACUUCCAGUUCCGUGUGUCAGCCGUCAACCACUUUGGCCAGAGUCCUUACCUUGAGUUUACAGGGACGAUCCACUUGGUCCCCGGGCUGGCAGUAAAGACACCUCUGAAGGCGGUGGAGGCAGUGGAGGGAGGUGAGGUCACCUUCUCUGUGGACCUCACGGUGGCCUCUGAGGGCGAGUGGUUCCUGGAUGGGGAGCCCUUGAAAGCCAGCAGUGUAUACGUGAUCCGCUGUGACCGUACCCGGCAUACGCUCACCAUCAGAGAGGUGCCCGCCAGAUUGCAUGGGGCACAGCUGAAGUUUGUGGCUGAUGGCAUUGAAACCAGCAUCCAGAUGGUGGUCCGAGCAGCUCUGGGGCUAGCCAGCAACAAGCUUCCUGCUGUGGCUGCCCGCGAGGUGCUGGCCCGGUUGCACGAGGAGGCACAGCUGCUGGCUGAGCUGUCGGAUCAGGCUGCGGCUGUGACAUGGCUGAAGGAUGGCCGAGAGCUGCCCCUAGGACCCAAGUACGAGAUGCAGGUGUCGGCUGGGAGGCAAGCCCUGCUGGUGCGGGAUGUGGUGCAGGAUGAUGCUGGCCUCUAUGAGUGUGUUAGUCGUGGGAGCCGCAUUGCCUACCAGCUGUUGGUGCAAGAGGCCAAGGUCGUGUUUGCCAAGAAGCAGCAGGCUCGCAGUGAGGUGAAGGCAGAGGCAGGUGCCAGUGCCACACUGUGCUGCACGGUCGACCAGGCCCAGACUGAGGUGACCUGGUUCAAGGACGGGAAGAAGCUGAGCUCUGGCUCGAAGGUUCGAGUGGAGGCCUCGGGCUGUGAGAGGAGGCUGGUGGUGCAGCAGGCGGGCAAGGCAGAUGCUGGGGAGUACAGCUGCGAGGCUGGGGGCCAGAAGGUCUCCUUCCGUCUGGACGUCACAGAGCCCAAGAUGGUGUUCGCCAAGGGGCAGCAGGCACACAGUGAGGUGAAGACAGAGGCAGGCGCCAGUGCCACACUGAGCUGCAAAGUAGCCCAGGCCCAGACUGAGGUGACCUGGUUCAAGGACGGGAAGAAGCUGAACUCUGGCUCGAAGGUCCGAGUGGAGGCCUCGGGCUGCGAGAGGAGGCUGGUGGUGCAGCAGGCGGGCAAGGCGGAUGCUGGGGAGUACAGCUGCGAAGCCGGGGGACAGAGGGUCUCCUUCCGUCUGGACGUCACAGAGCCCAAGGUGGUGUUCGCCAAAGAGCAGCAGGCUCGCAGCGAGGUGAAGACAGAGGCAGGGGCCAGUGCCACACUGAGCUGCACAGUGGACCAGGCCCAGACUGAGGUGACCUGGUUCAAGGACGGGAAGAAGCUGAGCUCUGGCUCGAAGGUCCGAGUGGAGGCCUCAGGCUGCGAGAGGAGGCUGGUGGUGCAGCAGGCGGGCAAGGCGGAUGCUGGGGAGUACAGCUGCGAGGCCGGGGGCCAGAAGGUCUCCUUCCGUCUGGACGUCACAGAGUCCAAGGUGGUGUUUGCCAAGGAGCAGCAGGCUCUCAGUGAGGUGAAGGCAGAGGCAGGCGCAAGUGCCACACUGAGCUGCACGGUGGACCAAGCCCAGACUGAGGUGACCUGGUUCAAGGACGGGAAGAAGCUGAGCUCCAGCUCGAAGGUCCGAGUGGAGGCCUCAGGCUGCGAGAGGAGGCUGGUGGUGCAGCAGGCGGGCAAGGCGGAUGCUGGGGAGUACAGCUGCGAGGCUGGGGGACAGAAGGUCUCCUUCCGUCUGGACGUCACAGAGCCCAAGGUGGUGUUCGCCAAGGAGCAGCAGACAUGCAGCGAGGUGAAGACAGAGGCAGGGGCCAAUGCUACACUGAGCUGCAAAGUGGCCCAGGCCCAGACUGAGGUGACCUGGUUCAAGGACGGGAAGAAGCUGAGCUCUGGCUCAAAGGUUCGAGUGGAGGCCUCGGGCUGUGAGAGGAGGCUGGUGGUGCAGCAGGCGGGCAAGGCGGAUGCUGGGGAGUACAGCUGCGAGGCCGGGGGCCAGAAGGUCUCCUUCCGUCUGGACGUCACAGAGCCCAAGGUGGUGUUUGCCAAGGAGCAGCAGGCUCGCAGUGAGGUGAAGGCAGAGGCAGGGGCCAGUGCCACUCUGAGCUGCACAGUGGACCAGGCCCAGACUGAGGUGACCUGGUUCAAGGAUGGGAAGAAGCUGAGCUCAAGCUUGAAGGUUCAAGUGGAGGCCUCGGGCUGCGAGAGGAGGCUGGUGGUGCAGCAGGCGGGCAAGGCAGAUGCUGGGGAGUACAGCUGUGAGGCGGGGGGCCAGAAGGUCUCCUUCCGUCUGGAUGUCACAGAGCCCAAGGUGGUGUUUGCCAAAGAGCAGCAGUCACGCAGCGAGGUGAAGGCAGAGGCAGGCGCCAGUGCUACGCUGAGCUGCAAAGUGGCCCAGGCCCAGACUGAGGUGACCUGGUUCAAGGACGGGAAGAAGCUGAGCUCUGGCUUGAAGGUUCGAGUGGAGGCUUCAGGCUGCGAGAGGAGGCUGGUGGUGCAGCAGGCGGGCAAGGCGGAUGCUGGGGAGUACAGCUGCGAGGCCGGGGGCCAGAAGGUCUCCUUCCGUCUGGAUGUCACAGAGCCCAAGGUGGUGUUUUCCAAAGAACAGCAAAAUUGCAGUGAGGUGAAGGCAGAGGCAGGCGCCAGUGCCAUACUGAGCUGCAAAGUGGCCCAGGCCCAGACUGAGGUGACCUGGUUCAAGGACGGGAAGAAGCUGAGCUCUGGCUUGAAGGUUCGAGUGGAGACCUCUGGCUGUGAGAGGAGGCUGGUGGUGCAGCAGGCGGGCCAGGCGGAUGCUGGGGAGUACAGCUGUGAGGCCGGGGGCCAGAAGGUCUCCUUCCGUCUGGAUGUCACAGAGUCCAAGGUGGUGUUUGCCAAGGAGCAGCAGGCUCGCAGUGAGGUGAAGGCAGAGGCAGGCGCAAGUGCCACACUGAGCUGCACGGUGGCCCAGGCCCAGACUGAGGUGACCUGGUUCAAGGACGGGAAGAAGCUGAGCUCUGGCUCGAAGGUUCGAGUGGAGGCUUCAGGCUGCGAGAGGAGGCUGGUGGUGCAGCAGGCGGGCAAGGCGGAUGCUGGGGAGUACAGCUGCGAAGCCAGGGGCCAGAAGGUCUCCUUCCAUCUGGACGUCACAGAGACCAAAGUGGUGUUCGCCAAGGAGCAGCAGGCUCACAGUGAAGUGAAGGCAGAGGCAGGUGCCAGUGCUACGCUGAAUUGCGAAGUGGCCCAGGCCCAGACUGAGGUGACCUGGUUCAAGGACGGGAAGAAGCUGAGCUCCAGCUCGAAGGUUCGAGUGGAGGCCUCGGGCUGCGAGAGGAGGCUGGUGGUGCAGCAGGCGGGCAAGGCGGAUGCUGGAGAGUACAGCUGCGAGGCCGGGGGCCAGAAGGUCUCCUUCCGUCUGGACGUCACAGAGCCCAAGGUGGUGUUUGCCAAGGAGCAGCAGGCACGCAGCGAGGUGAAGGCAGAGGCAGGGGCCAGUGCCACACUGAGCUGCACGGUGGCCCAGGCCCAGACUGAGGUGACCUGGUUCAAGGACGGGAAGAAGCUGAGCUCUGGCUCGAAGGUUCGAGUGGAGGCUUCAGGCUGCGAGAGGAGGCUGGUGGUGCAGCAGGCGGGCAAGGCGGAUGCUGGGGAGUACAGCUGUGAGGCCGGGGGCCAGAAGGUCUCCUUCCGUCUGGAUGUCACAGAGCCCAAGGUGGUGUUUGCCAAGGAGCAACAGACACGCAGCGAGGUGAAGACAGAGGCAGGGGCCAGUGCCACUCUGAGCUGCAAGGUAGACCAGGCCCAGACCGAGGUGACCUGGUUCAAGGACGGGAAGAAGCUGAGCUCCAGCUCGAAGGUUCGAGUGGAGGCUUCGGGCUGUGAGAGGAGGCUGGUGGUGCAGCAGGCGGGCAAGGCGGAUGCUGGGGAGUACAGCUGCGAGGCCGGGGGCCAGAAGGUCUCCUUCCGUCUGGACGUCACAGAACCCAAGGUGGUGUUCGCCAAGGAACAGCAAACUCGCAGCGAGGUGAAGGCAGAGGCAGGGGCCAGGGCCACUCUGAGCUGCACGGUGGACCAGGCCCAGACUGAGGUGACCUGGUUCAAGGACGGGAAGAAGCUGAGCUCCAGCUCGAAGGUCCAAGUGGAGGCCUCGGGCUGCGAGAGGAGGCUGGUGGUGCAGCAGGCCGGCCAGGCAGAUGCUGGGGAGUACAGCUGUGAGGCCGGGGGACAGAAGGUCUCCUUCCGUCUGGAUGUCACAGAGCCCAAGGUGGUGUUCGCCAAGGAGCAGCAGGCUCGCAGUGAGGUGAAAGCAGAGGCAGGCGCCAGUGCCACACUGAGCUGCAAAGUGGCCCAGGCCCAGACUGAGGUGACCUGGUUCAAGGACGGGAAGAAGCUGAGCUCUGGCUCGAAGGUCCGAGUGGAGACCUCGGGCUGCGAGAGGAGGCUGGUGGUGCAGCAGGCGGGCAAGGCAGAUGCUGGGGAGUACAGCUGUGAGGCCGGGGGCCAGAAGGUCUCCUUCCGUCUGGAUGUCACAGAGUCCAAGGUGCUGUUUGCCAAGGAGCAGCAGGCUCGCAGUGAGGUGAAGGCAGAGGCAGGGGCCAGUGCCACACUGAGCUGCACGGUGGCCCAGGCCCAGACUGAGGUGACCUGGUUCAAGGACGGGAAGAAGCUGAGCUCCAGCUCGAAGGUCCGAGUGGAGGCCUCGGGCUGCGAGAGGAGGCUGGUGGUGCAGCAGGCGGGCAAGGCGGAUGCUGGGGAGUACAGCUGCGAGGCCGGGGGCCAGAAGGUCUCCUUCCGUCUGGAUGUCACAGAGCCCAAGGUCGUGUUUGCCAAGGAACAGCAAACUCGCAGCGAGGUGAAGGCAGAAGCAGGCGCCAGUGCCACACUGAGCUGCACGGUAGACCAGGCCCAGACUGAGGUGACCUGGUUCAAGGACGGGAAGAAGCUGAGCUCCAGCUCGAAGGUUCGAGUGGAGGCCUCGGGCUGUGAGAGGAGGCUGGUGGUGCAGCAGGCGGGCAAGGCGGAUGCUGGGGAGUACAGCUGCGAGGCUGGGGGACAGAAGGUCUCCUUCCAUCUGGAUGUCACAGACACCAAGGUGGUGUUUGCCAAGGAGCAGCAGGCUCGCAGCGAGGUGAAGGCAGAGGCAGGGGCCAGUGCCACACUGAGCUGCACGGUAGACCAGGCCCACACUGAGGUGACCUGGUUCAAGGACGGGAAGAAGCUGAGCUCCAGCUCUAAGGUCCGAGUGGAGACCUCAGGCUGCGAGAGGAGGCUGGUGGUGCAGCAAGCGGGCAAGGCAGAUGCUGGGGAGUACAGCUGUGAAGCCAGGGGACAGAGGGUCUUUUUCCAUCUGGAUGUCACAGAACCAGAGCCCGAGUCCCAGAUUCCAGAGAGACCCAGCCGCAGGGAGCCUCUGGUGGUCAAGGAGCACGAGAACAUCGUCCUGACCGCCACUCUGGCCGCACCCUCUGUGGCUGCUGUGACCUGGCUCAAAGACGGUGUGGAGAUUCGCCGCAGUAAGCGCCAUGAGAUCACCAGCCAGGGUGACACCCACACCCUGACCGUGAGAAGUGCACAGGUGCUGGACAGUGCCAUCUACAGCUGCCGUGUUGGCAAGGAAGGCCAGGACUUUCCUGUGCAGGUGGAAGAGGUGGCCACCAAGUUCUCCAAACCCUUGGAGCCCGUUGAAGGGGAAUUGGGUGGCACUGUGAAGCUGGUCUGUGAGCUGACCCCAGAGCAGGCCGAGGUCGUGUGGCGCUGUGGGAGCACACAGCUGCGGCAGGGCAAGCGCUUCCAGAUGACAUCGGAGGGACCUAGGCACACCCUGACCGUGUGUGGCCUCCGAGAGGAUGACGCAGGGGAGUACGUGUGUGAGAGCCGUGAUGACCGAACCAGUGCACGGCUCACUGUCAAAGUUCCCCGAGUGGUCAAGUUUACAUCUGGAUUGAGCACCGUGGUUGCAGAGGAGGGCCAAGAGGCCACCUUUCAGUGUGUCGUGUCCCCCAGCGAUGCAGCAGUCGUGUGGUACAAGGAUGGCACCCAGCUGCUGCCCAGCGAGAAGUUUGUUAUGGCACAGAGUGCUGCCACCUGUAGUUUGACCAUCUUGGGCCUGACCCUGGAGGAUGCUGGUCAUGUCACAGUGGAGGCUGAGGGUGCCUCAUCUUCUGCCACUCUCCGGGUCCGAGAGGCACCGGUCCUUUUCAAAAAGAAACUCGAGCCGCAGACGGUGGAGGAGAAGAGCUCCGUGAUGCUGGAGGUGGAGCUGACGCGCCCCUGGCCUGAGGUGAAGUGGACACGGAAUGCUGUCGUCCUGGCGCCUAGCGAGAAUGUGGAAAUCCAUGCUGAGGGAGCUUGGCACCGCCUGGUGCUGCGCAGCGUGAGCUUCACUGACCGCGGCUUCUAUGGCUGUGAGACACCAGAUGACAAGAGCCAGGCCAAGCUCAACGUAGAAAUGCGGCAGGUCCGGCUGGUUCGAGGUUUGCAGCCCGUGGAGGCUAAGGAACGGGGCACGGCUUCCAUGGAUGUGGAGUUGUCUCAUGCUGAUGUGGAGGGCAGCUGGACUCGAGAUGGCCUGCGGCUUCAGCCUGGGCCCGCAUGCCACCUGGCCGUACAAGGCCCUGUCCACAUCCUCACACUCUCAGCACUGAGGCCACAGGACAGCGGGUUGGUGGCCUUCAGGGCUGAGGGUGUACACACGUCUGCACAGCUGAUAGUCACAGAGCUGCCAGUGAGCUUCACCCGGCUACUGCAGGAUGUGGUGGCCACCCAAAAAGAGAAGGUGACCCUGGAGUGUGAGUUGUCACGGCCUGUGGAUGUGCGCUGGCUGAAGGAUGGUGUGGAGCUGCGGGCAGGCAAGACUGUGGGCAUAGUGGCCCAGGGAGCCUGCAGGAGUCUCGUUAUUUACCGGUGUGAGAUCGGGGACCAGGGUGUCUAUGUGUGUGACGCUCUUGAUGCUCAGACGUCGGCCUCUCUGAAGGUGCAGGGCCGCAGUGUUCAGAUUACGAAGCCACUGGAGGAUGUGGAGGUGAUGGAGAAAGAGGGUGCCACCUUCUCCUGUGAGGUGUCCCAUGAUGAGGUUCCUGGCCUAUGGUUCCGAGAAUCCAGCAAGCUACGGCCCAGUGACAACGUGCGCAUCCGGCAGGAAGGGAGGACGUACACUCUUAUCUUCCGAAGGGUACUGGCUGAAGAUGCAGGGGAGAUCAAAUUUGUAGCUGAAAAUGCAGAAUCAAGAGCCCACCUCCGAGUCAAAGAGCUGCCUGUGACCCUCCUGCGCCCACUGAGGGACAAGAUUGCCAUGGAAAAACACCGUGGUGUGCUUGAGUGCCAGGUGUCCCGGGCCAGUGCCCAGGUGCGAUGGUUUAAGGGCAGAGUUGAGCUGCAGUCUGGGCCCAAGUAUGAGUUGGUCAGUGACGGCCUUUACCGUAAGCUGGUCAUCAAUGACGUGCAGCCUGAGGACGAAGAUACCUACACCUGUGAUGCCGGUGAUGUCAAGACCAGUGCCCAGUUCUUUGUGGAAGAGCAAUCCAUCACCAUUGUGCGAGGCCUGCAGGACGUGACCGUUAUGGAGCCCGCCCCAGCCUGGUUUGAAUGCGAGACCUCCAUCCCUUCCGUGAGGCCACCCAAGUGGCUCCUUGGUAAGACUGUCCUCCAGGCGGGGGGCAACGUGGGCCUGGAGCAAGACGGCACGGUGCACCGGCUGACGCUGCACAAGACCUGUUCCACCAUGACUGGGCCUGUGCACUUUACCAUCGGCAAGUCCCGCUCCUCGGCCCAGCUGCUUGUCUCAGACAUUCCCAUGGUAUUGGCACGGCCACUGGAACCCAAAGCAGGGCGUGAGCUGCAGUCGGUAGUCCUGUCUUGUGACUUCAGGCCGGCCCCCAAGGCUGUGCAGUGGUAUAAGGGGGACACGCCUCUGGCCCCGUCCGAAAAGUUCAAGAUGGUGCUGGAGGGCCAGAUGGCCGAGCUGCGUAUACUCCGGCUCACUCCAGCGGAUGCUGGGCUCUAUCGGUGCCAGGCGGGUAAUGCCCAGAGCAGUGCCGAGGUUACUGUGGAAGCUCGGGAGGUGAAGGUGACUCAGCCUCUGAAGGAUGUUGAAGCCACGGAGGAAGGCCGGGCCUGCUUCUCGUGUGAGCUGUCCCAUAAGGACGAGGACAUCGAAUGGUCACUCAAUGGGAUUCCCCUGUACAACGACAGCUUCCACGAGAUCAACCACGAGGGCUGUCUCCACACGCUGGUGCUGAAGUGUGUCCGUCAGGCCGACGCAGGCACCGUGUGUGCCACCUCCCCCAAGGUGUCAGUUUCUGCCCAGCUAGUGGUCAGAGCCAAGCCGGUGGUGUUCCUGAAAGCACUGGAUGACGUAUCUGUAGAAGAGCGUGGCACGCUGGCCCUGCACUGCGAGGUCUCAGACCCUGAGGCACGUGUGAUCUGGCGCAAAGAUGGCGUGGAGCUGGGUCCCAGUGACAAGUAUGACUUCCUACACAAGGCAGGCUCUCGGGGCCUUACGGUACAUGACCUGAGCCAUGAGGAUGCUGGACUGUACACCUGCCACGUGGGCAGUGCGGAGACCCAGUCCAGGGUCAGUGUGCAUGAUCUGCACGUGGGCAUCACCAAGAGGCUAAAGACAGUGGAGGUGCUGGAGGGGGAGAGCUGCAGCUUUGAGUGCAUCCUGUCGCAUGAGAGCGAGAGUGACCUAGCAGUGUGGACCGUCGGCGGGAAGACAGUGGGUAGUUCUGGCCACUUUCGGACCACUCGCCAGGGCCGCAAAUACACUCUGACGGUCAAAGAUGCUGCUCUCAGUGAUGCAGGGGAGGUGGUCUUCUCGGUGAUGGGCCUCACAUCCAAGGCCUCGCUCAUCGUCAGAGAGAGGCCAGUGGAGAUUACAAAGCCCUUGGAGGACCAGCGGGCAACGCUCGGAGAACACGCGACGCUGAGCUGUGAGCUGUCCAGGGCGGGCACCUCUGUGCGUUGGCUGAAGGAUGGAAAGGCCAUCCGAAAGAGCCAGAAGUACGACCUGCUCAGCGAAGGCAUGCGGGCUGUGCUGGUUGUCCGCGAGGCCUCACUCAAGGAUUCUGGGGAGUACACCUGUGAGACAGAGGCUUCCAAAAGUACCGCCAGGCUCCUUGUGGGAGAAAAGGCAAACCGUUUCACGGAGGAGCUGGCUGACCUGCAGGUGGAAGAGAAGGGCACAGCCGUGUUCGCAUGCAAGACAGAGCACCCAGCAUCUGUCGUGACAUGGCGCAAGGGCCUCCUGGAGCUGCGUGCCUCAGGGAAGCAUGUCCCCAGCCAGGAUGGCUUGACCCUGAAGCUCACCAUCAAUGCCCUGGAGAGGACAGACAGUGACACCUACACCUGUGACAUUGGUCAAGCCCGGACCCAGGCCCGGCUCCUCGUCCAUGGUCAGAAAGUACGCAUUACUGAGGACCUGGAGGACGCUACCGUCCAGGAAGGCUCCUCUGCCAAGUUCUGCUGCCGCAUCUCCCCUGCCGACUACAGCCCCGUGCACUGGUUCCUGGAUAAGACCCCCUUGCACAGCAAUGAACUGAACGAGAUCACUGUCCAGCCUGGAGGCUACCACGUGCUCACCCUACGGCAGCUGGCACUCAAGGACUCAGGCACUGUCUACUUCGAGGCGGGUGACCAGCGGACCUCAGCUGCCCUGCGGGUGACUGAGAAGCCGAGCGUCUUCUCUAAACCACUCACAGAUGUCACAGUCACAGAAGGCGAGGUCCUGACUCUUGUUUGUGAAACCACCUCUCUGGAAAGCUCUGUGCACUGGACCAAAGAUGGGAGGACACUGAAGCCAUCUGCACGAUGCCAACUGAGCUAUGAAGGCUGUCGGGCCCAGCUGGUCAUCACUGGUACCACCAUCCAAGAUGGUGGGCGAUACAAGUGUGAGCUUGCUGGAGCCACCAGCAGCUCCAUUGUCAGGAUUCAUGCUCUACCAGUGCACUUCAGGGAGUCCCUGAAGGAUGUGGAGGUACCAGAGGGCAGGGCUGCCACACUGCGCUGCGUGCUGUCGUCCGUGGCUGCGCCUGUGGAGUGGCGUCAUGGAGAAGACAUUCUGAAGUCCAGCAGCAAGUACAGCCUGCGCCAAGACGGUGCUGUGCUGGAGCUGGUCAUCCGAGACCUGCAGCCCCAGGACAGUGGGCAGUAUUCCUGCUCCUUUGGGGACCAGACAACUUCAGCCACACUCACAGUGAAGCCCACAUCUGCCCAGUUCGUAGGAAGACUGAGAAACAAGGAGGCCACAGAAGGGACCAUGGCCACACUACGGUGUGAGCUGACCAAAGAGGCCCCCGUGGAAUGGAGGAAGGGGACAGAGACCCUGAGGAAUGGGGACAAGUACAGCCUGAAACAGGAUGGGGCUGUGUGUGAAUUGCAGAUUUGUAACCUGGUUGUGGCAGAUGCAGGGGAAUACAUGUGCGUGUGUGGACAGGAGAGGACUUCAGCCACGCUGGCUGUCAAGGCUCUGCCUGCCCACUUCAUUGGAAGACUCAGAAGCAAGGAAGCCACAGAAGGGGGCACGGCCACACUGCAGUGUGAGCUGAGCAAGGCUGCCCCUGUGGAGUGGAGGAAGGGAGUGGAGACCCUGAGAGAUGGGGACAGAUACAGCCUGAAGCAGGAUGGGGCUGUGUGCGAGCUGCAGAUCCGCAGCCUGGCUGUGGAAGAUGCUGGGGAGUACUUGUGCAUAUGUGGGCAGGAGAGGACCUCAGCCACACUGACCAUCAGGGCCCUUCCAGCUAAGUUCACAGACGGUCUGAAGAACGAAGAAGCUACAGAAGGAGCCACGGCUACCCUGAGGUGUGAACUGAGCAAGGCAGCUCCUGUGGUAUGGAAGAAAGGAACAAAGACCUUGCAAGAUGGAGACAGAUAUAGCCUGAGUCAGGAUGGAGCCCUGUGUAGGCUGCAGAUCCUCAGCCUGACCAUAGCUGAUGCCGGGGAGUACUCAUGUGUGUGCGCACAGGAGAAGACCUCAGCCAUGCUGGCUGUCAGGGGCCUGCCUGCCAAGUUUAUAGAAGACUUGAAAAGCCAAGAAGCCACAGAAGGGGAAACAGCAAUCUUAAGAUGUGAGCUGAGCAAGGCUGCCCCUGUGCAGUGGAGGAAGGGGUCUGAGACCCUGAGGGAUGGAGACAGAUACAGCCUGAGACAGGAUGGAACUGUGUGUGAGCUGCAGAUCUGUGGCCUGGCCCUGGUGGACGCUGGGGAGUACUCAUGUGUGUGCGGGCAGGAAAAGACCUCAACCACACUGCAUAUUCGUGCCGUGCCCGCCAAGUUCACAGAGUGUCUGAGGAAUGAAGAGGUCACAGAAGGGACCAUGGCCAUACUGAGGUGCCAGAUGAGCAAGGCUACCCCAGUGGAAUGGAGGAAGGGAGAAAAGACUCUCAAAGAUGGACACAGAUUCACCCUGAGGCAGGAAGGGGCCACGUGUGAGCUGCAGAUCCGUGGCCUGGCUGUGGAAGAUGCUGGGGAGUACUCGUGCGUGUGUGGGCAGGAGAGGACCUCAGCCACACUGAGUGUCAAGGCCCUGCCCGCCAGAUUCAUAGACGACCUGAGAAGCCAAGAGGCCACGGAAAGCACCACAGUGACACUUAGGUGCCGGAUGAGCAAGGCUGCCCCUGUGGAGUGGAGGAAGGGGUCUGAGAUCCUGAGCGAUGGGGACAGAUACAGCCUGAGGCAGGAUGGGGCCACGUGUGAGCUGCAGAUCCGUGGCCUGGCUGUGGAAGAUGCUGGGGAGUACUCGUGCGUGUGUGGGCAGGAGAGGACCUCAGCCACACUGAGUGUCAAGGCCCUGCCCAUCAGAUGCAUAGAAGACCUGAGAAGCCAAGAGGCCACGGAAGGCACCACGGUGACUCUGAGGUGCCAGAUGAGCAAGGCCGCCCCUGUGGAGUGGAGGAAGGGGUCUGAGAUCCUGAGAGAUGGGGACAGAUACAGCCUGAGGCUGGAUGGGGCCACGUGUGAGCUGCAGAUCCGUGGCCUGGCUGUGGAAGAUGCUGGGGAGUACUCGUGCGUGUGUGGGCAGGAGAGGACCUCAGCCAUGCUGACUGUAGAUGCCCUGCCCACACGGUUUAUUGAAGAGCUGAAGUCCAAGGAGGUCACGGAAGGGUGCACGGCCACUCUGCAAUGUCAGCUCAGCAAAAAGACCUCUGUGGAGUGGAAGAAGGGCACAGAGACCCUCAAAGAUGGAGACAGAUACAAGCUGCAGCAAAUGGGAACCAUGUGUGAGCUGCAAAUCCCUGACCUGACCAUGGCAGACGCUGGAGAGUACUCAUGCGUGUGUGGGGAGGAAAAGACCGCAGCCAUGCUGACCAUCAAGGCCCUACCUACCAUGUUCACAGAGGGCCUGAAGAAUGAAGAAGCCACAGAAGGGACCGUGGUGACUUUGAGGUGCCAGCUGAGCAGAGGAGCCCCAGUGGAGUGGAGGAAGGGAACAAAGAUCCUCAGAGAUGGAGACAGAUACAGUCUGAGACAAAACCAGGCUGUGUGUGAGCUGCAGAUCUGUGGUGUGGCUAUGGAAGAUGCUGGGGAAUAUUUGUGCCUCUGUGGGCUAGAAAGGACCUCAGCCACACUGAGUGUCAAGGCCCUGCCCACCAGAUUCAUAGACGACCUGAAAAGCCAAGAGGCCACGGAAGGCACCACGGUGACUCUGAGGUGCCAGAUGAGCAAGGCCGCCCCUGUGGAGUGGAGGAAGGGGUCUGAGAGCCUGAGAGAUGGGGACAGAUACAGCCUGAGGCAGGAUGGGGCCACGUGUGAGCUGCAGAUCCGUGGCCUGGCUGUGGAAGAUGCUGGGGAGUACUCGUGCGUGUGUGGGCAAGAGAGGACCUCAGCCACACUGAGUGUCAAGGCCCUGCCAGCCAGAUUCAUAGAAGGUUUGAGAAACCAAGAGGCCUUGGAAGGUACAACAGCCACACUGCAGUGUGAGCUUAGCAAGAAGGCCCCUGUGGUGUGGAGGAAGGGGUCUGAGAGCCUGAGAGAUGGGGACAGAUACAGCCUGAGGCAGAAAGGGGCCACAUGUGAGCUGCAGAUCCGUGGCCUGGCUGUAGAAGAUGCUGGGGAGUACUCAUGCGUGUGUGGGCAGGAGAGGACCUCAGCCACACUGAGCAUCACAGCCCCACAGGUGGUGUUCCAGAAACCACUGCAGAACCUGAAAGUAGAGGAAGGUUCCACGGCCAGCCUGCAGUGUGAGCUGUCAAUCCCCAACGCUGCUGUGGUCUGGAGCAAGGGUGGCCUGGAGCUGCAGGCCGAUGAGCGCCGAGAGUCACGGCAGCAGGGGUGUGUGGCCGAGCUGCUGCUUAGGGAUGUACGCCGUGAGGACGCGGGCGAGUACAGCUGUACCUGUGGCUCUCAGAGCACAGGUGCCACGCUCAUGGUCACAGCUGCUCCUGUGCGGUUCCUCAGGGAGCUGCAGGCCCAGGAGGUGGAUGAGGGGACCAGUGCACACCUGCAGUGUGAGCUGAGCCGGGAGGCCGUGAGUGUGGAGUGGCGCAAGGGCUCCCUGCAGCUUUUCCCUUGUGCCAAGUAUCAGAUGGUGCAGGAGGGCACCACUGCCACACUGCUGGUCCGUGAGGUGGAGCAGGAGGAUGCAGGUGAAUACAUCUGUGAUGCAGGCCACUCGCAGAGUGUCGCGAGGCUCUCAGUCCGAGCCCCCAAGCCCAAGUUCAAGGCUGGCCUGCAGAGUACACAGCAGGAAGCAGGGGGCGUGGCCCGGCUGUGUUGUCAGCUGAGUGAGACUGAACCUGAGGCUCCAGUGCAGUGGCUCAAGGAGGGUGUGGAGCUGCAUGCCAGCCCCAAGUAUGAGAUGCGGUGCCAGGGGGCCGUGUGUGAGCUGCUGAUCCACGAGCUGGAGACUAAGGACACGGGAGAGUAUGCCUGCGUGGUGGGUGGCCAGAAAACCCUGGCCUCUCUCAGGGUCAAAGCGCCUGAGGUGGCCAUUGUGCGGGGGCUGAUUAACAUGGAGGCACAGGCUGAUGAGGAUGUGGAGUUUACUUGUGAGGUGUCGCAGGCAGGAGCUGCGGAUGUGCAGUGGCAUCUCCAAGGUCUGCCACUGCAGAGCAAUGAAGUGACAGAGGUGGCGGUUCUUGGAGAUGGCCGUACGCACGUGCUCCGACUGAAGGCCGUGACACCAGAGGAUGCUGGCACCGUCUCCUUCCACGUGGGCAGCCAUUCAUCUUCUGCUCAGCUCACAGUCCGAGUCCCCGAGGUGACCGUUCUGGAGCCCCUGAAAGAUGUGCAGCUCAGCGAGGGCCAGGAUGCCCACUUCCAGUGCCGGCUGUCCAGGGCCUCAGGCCAGGAGGCCCGCUGGGCUUUGGGAGGGGUUCCCUUGCAGUCCAAUGAGAUGAACGACAUCACUGUAGAGCAGGGCACGCUCCACCUGCUCACUCUGCAUAAGGUGACCCUAGAGGAUACUGGAACCAUCACUCUCCAAGUGGGCUCAUGCUCCUCAGAAGCCCAGCUGAAGGUCACAGCCAAGAACACAGUGGUGCGUGGCCUGGAGAACGUGGAUGCGCUGGAGGGCGGCGAAGCCCUCUUUGAGUGCCAGCUGUCCCAGCCCGAGGUGGCCGCCCACACCUGGCUGUUAGACGAUGAGCCUGUGCACACCUCGGAAAACACGGAGGUGGUCUAUUUUGAGAAUGGCCUGCGGCACCUGCUGUUGCUCAAAAACCUGAAGCCACAGGACAGCUGCCGAGUGACUUUCCUGGCGGGGGACGUGGUCACAUCUGCAUUCCUCACAGUGAGAGGCUGGCGCUUGGAGGUCCUGGAGCCCCCACAGGAUGCAACUGUGAGAGCUGGCAUGCAGGCCUCCUUCACGUGCACGCUCAGUGAGGCGGUGCCUGUGGGCGAGGCCACGUGGUACAUCAACGGGGCUGCCGUCCAACCCGACGACACCGACUGGACCGUCACCGCAGAUGGCAGCCACCAUGCCCUGAUGCUGAGCAACGCCCAACCCCAACACGCAGGAGAGGUCACAUUUGCAGCACGUGAUGCCGUGGCCUCUGCACGCCUCUCUGUGUUGGCUCUCCCUGACCCCCCUGAAGACGCUGAGGUGGUGGGCCGUAGUGGUCAUUCUGUGACCCUGUCCUGGGUGGCUCCCAUGAGCGAUGGUGGCGGUGGUCUGUGUGGUUAUCGUGUGGAGAUGAAGGAGGCAUCCACAGGCCAGUGGAAGCUGUGCCACGAGCUGGUGCCUGGGCCAGAGUGUGUGGUGGAUGGCCUGGUCCCCGGCGAGACCUACCGCUUCCGAGUGGCAGCUGUAGGUCCUGCAGGUGCUGGGGAACCUGUACAUUUGCCCCAGAUGGUCAAGCUAGCAGAGCCAACGGAACCAGUCCCAGCCCCAACCCCAGCCUCAACCUCAGCCCAAGUCCCAGCUCCAACUCCGGCCCCAACCCCAACCCCAGCCUCAGCCCCAGAGACACGUCAGGCAGUGGUUGGUGAGGACCUGUGUCUGGAGUUGGAAGUUGCUGCUGAGGCUGGUGAGGUCGUCUGGCACAAGGGAACAGAGCGCAUCCAGCCCAGCGGACACUUUGAGGUCCUCUCUCAGGGACGGCGGCAGAUGCUAGUGAUCAAGGGGUUUAGGACAGAAGACCAAGGAGAGUACCGCUGUUGUCCCACCCGGGGCCCGCCCUCCUCAGGGACAGCCACUUUUAAUGUGGUCACGACCUCUGGGGAUGAGGUCCCCACACAGCCCAGCCUGCCCCCUGAGGCAGCCCAGGAGGGUGACCUGCAUUUGCUUUGGGAGGCCCUUGCCCGGAAGCGCCGCAUGAGUCGGGAGCCCACACUGGACUCUAUCAGCGAACUGCCCGAGGAGGACGGCCGAGUGCAGCAUCCGCGGCAGGAGGCGGAAGAGACAGCCCCUGAUCUCUCUGAGGGCUACUCCACAGCUGACGAGCUAGCGCGCACAGGAGAGGCUGAUCUCUCACACACCAGCUCUGACGAUGAGUCCCGGGCUGGCACCCCUUCCCUAGUUACCUACCUCAAGAAGGCUGGGGGUCCUGGGAUCUCACCCCUGGCCAGCAAGCAUGGGGCCCAGGUCACCACCUCCACGAAGCCACAAAAGCAGCAGGAGCAAGGAGUGCCCGUGGGCUCACUGCCUGGAGACUUGAGUGCAGCCGACUUGAAGGAUCCAUCGCUGGACAAGGCAGCUGUGAAGAUCCAGGCUGCCUUUAAGGGCUACAAAGUACGGAAGGAGAUGAAGCAGCAGGAAGGGCCUGUGUUCUCCCGGACAUUUGGGGACACAGAGGCACAGACUGGGGACGUGCUGCGCCUGGAGUGUGUGGUGGCCAGCAAGGCUGAUAUGCGGGCCUGCUGGCUGAAGGACGGCAUAGAGUUGACGGACGGGCGGCACUACCACAUAGACCAGCUCAAGGAUGGCACCUGCUCUCUGCUGGUCACUGGCUUGGGCCCCACCGACACUGGCCGGUACACCUGUCAGGUGAGCACCAAGUUCGGCCGCGUGAGCCACAGUGCCUGCGUGGUGGUCAGUGGGACAGAGAGUGAGGCCGAGAGCUCCUCAGGAGGCGAGCUGGAUGACGCCUUCCGGCGGGCAGCACGGCGCCUGCACCGGCUCUUCCGCACCAAGAGCCCAGCUGAGCUUUCAGAGGAGGAACUCUUCGUCAGCGCUGAUGAAGGCCCCGCCGAGUCAGAGGAGCCCGCAGACUGGCAGACAUACCGAGAGGACGAAAACUUUGUGUGCAUUCGCUUUGAGGCACUUGAAGAGGCCCGCCGGGCGGUCACCUGCUUCCAAGACAUGUUUGCCACCAUGGGCAUCCAGGUGGAGAUCAGCCUGGGAGAGCAGGGACCCCGGGGAGUGGAGAUGCGCAUUGGGAAGGUGGCGCCCAAUGUCACCCCUGCCGUGCCGCUAGCCAAGACACCUGGCCUGCAGACUUCAGAUGCUGCCCCAGUGUUCCUGACCGAGCUGCAGAACCAAGAAGUGCAGGAUGGAUACCCUGUAAGCUUUGACUGCGUGGUAACAGGCCAGCCUGUGCCCAGCGUGCGCUGGUUCAAGGACGGGAAGCUGCUGGAGGAGGACGACCAUUACAUGAUCAAUGAGGACCAACAGGGUGGUCACCAGCUCAUCAUCAUGGCUGUGGUACCAGCAGACAUGGGUGUCUACCGCUGCCUGGCAGAAAACAGCGUGGGAGUCUCCUCCACCAAGGCUGAGCUUCGUGUAGAGCUGACCAGCACAGACUAUGACACCGCAGCAGACGCUACUGAGACCUCAUCAUACUUCAGCGCCCAGGGAUACCUGUCCAGCCGGGAGCAAGAGGGGACCGAGUCAGAUGAGGGGCAGCUUCCCCAGGUGUUGGAGGAGCUGAAAGACCUCCAGGUGGCCACUGGCACACGCUUGGCCAAAUUCCAGCUCAAGGUGAAAGGCUAUCCAGCCCCCAAACUGUACUGGUUCAAAGAUGGCCAGCCUCUGACCACAUCCGCCCACAUCCGCAUGACUGACAAAAAGACCGUGCAUACCCUGGAGAUUGUCUCGGUCACCCUGGAGGACAGCGGCCAGUAUGCAGUCUACAUCAGCAAUGCUGUAGGUGCUGCCUAUUCAUCGGCCCGGCUGCUAGUCCGAGGUCCCAGUGAACCAGAAGAGAAGCCAGCAUCAGAUGUGCACGAGCGGCUGGUGCCACCCCGGAUCCUGGAGAAGUUCACCCCCAAGAAAGUGAAGAGGGGCUCCAGCAUCACCUUUUCAGUGAAGGUGGAAGGACACCCAGCCCCCACUGUACAUUGGCUCAAGGAGGAGGCAGAGAAGGGAGUGCUGUGGAUUGGCCCCGAAACCCCUGGCUACACCAUGGCCAGCUCUGCCAAGCAGCAUAGCCUGGUCUUGCUGGACGUGGGCCGAAAGCACCAGGGCACCUACACAUGCAUUGUUACCAACGCUGCUGGCCAGGCUCUCUGCUCUGCUAGCCUGCACGUCUCUGGCUUGGCCAAGGAGGAAGAGCAGGAGAGAGUAAAAGAGGCCCUCAUUUCUUCCUUCUUGCAAGGGACAAGCCAAACUAUCUCAGCCCAGAUGGCGGAAUCUGCAGGUUUUGCUGAUCUUGCCGGGCAAAGGAAAGGGGAGUCCCUGGCGGCUGAUGAGGCCCAUGGACACCUGUCCCUCGCUGAGGUGGGCACAGAAGAGUUCCUGCAGAAGCUCACCUCACAGAUCACCGAGAUGGUGUCGGCCAAGAUCUCACAGGCCAAGCUCCAGGUGCCUGGCGGCGACAGUGAUGAGGAGUCCAAGACGCCAUCUGCCUCUCCUCGGCACGGCCGGUCUCGUCCUUCCUCCAGUGUUCAGGAGUCAUCCUCAGAGUCAGAGGAUGGGGACUCGCGUGGUGAGAUCUUUGACAUCUACGUGGUCACAGCUGACUACCUGCCCCUGGGGGCAGAGCAGGAUGCCAUCAUUCUGAGAGAAGGCCAGUAUGUGGAGGUCCUUGAUUCGGCCCAUCCUCUGCGCUGGCUUGUACGCACCAAGCCCACCAAAUCCAGCCCUUCUAGGCAGGGCUGGGUGUCGCCUGCCUACCUGGACAAGAGGCUCAAGCUAUCUCCUGAGUGGGGGCCCACCGAGGCCCCCGAGUUCCCUGGGGAGGCCGUGUCUGAGGAUGAGUACAGAACAAGACUGAGCUCUGUCAUCCAGGAGUUGCUGAGCUCAGAGCAGGCUUUUGUGGGUGAGCUGCAGUUCCUGGAGAGCCACCACAUGAAGCACCUGGACCUAUCUCCCCGCGUGCCUACAGCGGUGGCCAGCCAGAAGACAGUCAUCUUUCGUAACGUGCAGGACAUCAGCCGUUUCCACAGCAGCUUCUUGAAGGAGCUGCAGUCCUGUGACACCGACGAUGACGUGGCCAUGUGCUUCAUCAAGAACCAGGAAGCCUUUGAGAAGUACCUCGAGUUCCUGGUGGGCCGCGUGCAAGCUGAGUCCGUGGUUGUCAGCACCCCGGUCCAGGAGUUCUACAAGAAAUAUGCAGAAGAGACACUGUCAGCCAAGGACCCCACACAGCCACCGCCACCUCCACUUCAGCACUACCUGGAGCAGCCAGUGGAGCGGGUGCAGAAAUACCAAGCCUUGUUGAAGGAACUAAUCCGCAACAAGGCCCGCAACCGGCAGAAUUGCGCGCUGCUGGAGCAGGCCUAUGCUGUGGUGUCUGCCCUGCCACAGCGUGCUGAGAACAAACUGCACGUGUCGCUCAUGGAGAACUAUCCCGGAACUCUGGAGGCCCUGGGAGAACCUAUCCGCCAGGGCCACUUCAUAGUAUGGGAGGGGGCACCAGGGGCCCGGAUGCCUUGGAAGGGCCACAACCGGCAUGUCUUCCUCUUCCGAAACCACCUGGUGAUCUGUAAGCCCCGGAGAGACUCUCGAACUGACACCUUUAGCUACGUGUUCCGGAACAUGAUGAAGCUGAGUAGCAUCGACCUGAAUGACCAGGUAGAGGGGGAUGACCGUGCCUUUGAGGUGUGGCACGAGCGGGAGGACUCUGUGCGCAAAUACCUGCUUCAGGCCCGGACCGUCAUCAUCAAAAAUUCGUGGGUGAAGGAGAUCUGUGGCAUCCAGCAACGCCUGGCCCAGCCUGUAUGGCGUCCCCCUGAUUUCGAAGAGGAAUUGGCUGAUUGCACCGCUGAGCUGGGCGAAACCGUCAAGCUGGCAUGCCGAGUGACUGGCACCCCUAAGCCUGUUGUCAGCUGGUACAAAGAUGGGAAGCCGGUGGAGGUAGACCCACACCACAUCCUCAUUGAAGAUCCUGAUGGCUCCUGUACCCUCAUCUUGGACAACCUGACCGGUGUAGACUCUGGCCAGUACAUGUGUUUUGCGGCCAGUGCAGCUGGCAAUGCCAGCACCUUGGGGAAGAUUCUAGUACAAGUGCCCCCACGAUUUGUGAACAAGGUCCGGGCCACACCCUUUGUGGAGGGGGAAGAUGCACAGAUCACCUGCACUGUGGAAGGUGCCCCAUAUCCUCAGAUCAGGUGGUACAAGGAUGGUGCCCUGCUAACCCUGGGCAACAAGUACCGGAUGCUGAAUGAGCCCCGCAGUGGCGUGCUGGUGCUGGUGAUCCGGGCAGCCAGCAAGGAGGACUUGGGACACUAUGAGUGUGAGCUGGUGAACCGGUUGGGCUCAACACGUGGUGGGGGAGAACUGUACAUGCAGAGCCCUGCGCUGCGUGCCCGGGACCAGCACCAUCGGGAACAGCUUGUGGCUGCUGUGGAAGACGCCUCUGUGGAGGACUCUGUCCAUCCCACCCAGGAUGUAACUGACCAGGAAGCCACUUCUGUCCUUUGGAGAGUGCUGAGCUCAGAAGCCCCCAGCUCCUCCCCGGGGGAUUUCCCCCACACCAGACAAACUGAGCCGCCUGCACUUGAAGAGGCUGCUCCCCAGAUCCCAGGCCUGACAGCCUCAGCCGAGUCCCCAGAGGUCUCACAGCCUGACACACACAAAGGUCUGGAGCAGGAGACGACAGCAACUUCUGGGGCCCAGGAAUGGACUGUACCCAUUCGGGUGGAGGGAACAGCUUGGCCAGGUGCAGGCACAGGGCAGCUGCUCUUGGAUGUGCACAGCCGAGUCGUCAUGGAGACCACACAGAGGACCUAUGUGUACCAGGCUCCUGAUACAAGUGCUGCAAGGGCCCCAUCCAUGCAGGUCACUAUUGAGGAUGUCCAGGUAGAAGCUGGUGACGUGGCACAGUUUGAUGCUGUCAUUGAAGGCAACCCACCUCCCACAGUGAUCUGGUACAAGGACAGCAACCAGCUGAUGAACAGUGACAGGCUGAGCCAGCGGCAGGAUGGAACUAAGUAUUCCUUGGUGUUGACUGACGUGGCUCCAAACGACGCUGGUGUCUACACGUGCCUUGCCCGAAAUGCAGGAGGACAGGUGCUCUGCAAGGCAGAGCUGAUGGUCCAUGGUGGGGACAAGCUAGACUCAGAAAAGCAAGUGUAUCGGCGAAAGCUGCAUUCCUUCUAUGAAGUCCAAGAAGAGAUUGGGAGGGGUGUGUUUGGUUUUGUGAAGAGGGUUCAGCACAAAGGGAACAAAAUGUUCUGUGCUGCCAAGUUCAUCCCCCUGCGGAGCAAAACUCGGGCCCAGGCAUACCAGGAACGAGAUAUCUUGGCUAUGCUCAACCACCCGCUGGUCACUGGGCUUCUGGACCAAUUUGAGACCCGGAAGACUCUCAUCCUUAUCUUGGAACUGUGCUCAUCCGAGGAGCUGCUAGAUCGCCUCUUCAAGAAGGGUGUGGUGACUGAGGCCGAGGUCAAGGUCUACAUCCAGCAGCUGGUGGAAGGCCUGCACUAUUUGCACAGCCACGAUAUCCUCCACCUGGAUAUAAAGCCCCCCAACAUCUUGAUGGUGCACCCAGCCCGGGAAGACAUUAAGAUCUGUGACUUUGGCUUUGCCCAAAGAGUCACCCCUUCAGAGCCACAGUACAGCAAGUACGGCUCGCCUGAGUUCGUGUCCCCAGAGAUCAUCGAGCAGAGUCCUGUGAGCGAGGGCUCAGACAUCUGGGCCGUGGGUGUCAUCUCCUACCUCAGCCUGACCUGCUCAUCCCCUUUUGCUGGAGAGAGUGACCGUGCCACCCUGCUGAACGUUUUGGAGGGGCGGGUCUCUUGGAGCAGUCCCAUGGCUGCUCAUCUGAGUGAGGAUGCCAAGGACUUCAUCAAGGCCACACUGCAGAAGACCCCCAGGGCCCGGCCUAACACUUCCCAGUGCCUUGCCCACCCCUGGUUCCAGAAAUCCAUGCCUGCUGAGGAGGCCCACUUCAUCAACACCAAGCAACUCAAGUUCCUUCUCGCUCGAAGUCGCUGGCAGCGCUCUUUGAUGAGCUACAAGUCUAUCCUGGUGAUGCGCUCCAUCCCUGAGCUGCUCCAGGGUCCUCCAGACAGUCCAUCCCUAGGGGUGGCCCGGCACCUGCGAGGGGAAGCCAGUGGCUCCUCUAGCUCAUCGUCUUCCUCGGACAACGAGCUGGCCCCCUUUGCCAGGGCGAAGUCACUGCCGCCUUCUCCUGUGACUCACUCCCCGCUCCUGCAUCCUCGGGGCUUUCUGCGGCCUUCAGCCAGUCUCCCAGAGGAGACAGAAGCCAGCAUGCCCCCUGCUGACGACACAGCCCUGUCAGCAUCCCCCCAGGGUGCCAGACCUCCGGCAAGCCCAGGUUGCGUGCCCCGACACACUAUCAUCAGCAGCUUGUUCUACCAGCAAGGUGGCGAGAGUUCAGAGCGUGGGAGCAAAACCUUGGGUGCCAAGAGGCACCCGGCUCGGAGGCGGCACCUGCUGAAGGGCGGGUACAUCGCAAGGGCCCUCCCUGGUCUUCGGGAACCACUGAUGGAGCACAGUGUGUUGGAGGAGGAGGCUGCUAGAGAGGAGCAGGCCGCUCUGAUGACCAAGACGCCCUCCUUUGAAACUGCCCUGAGACUACAGAACUCCAGUACCCGAGAGGUCCCAGGCCGAAGCCGCUCCCUGGACCACAACCCACCAGACACCACUGGCCCCUCUCCUGAGGAAUGUGGGGGGCAAUACCUCGUCCCACCCUCCUCAGGGGUAACUCAUGAAGCCACUGCCAAAGACAUGGGGCACUCAAAGGGGUUCUUGAAGGGGUCUGCUCCCUGUUCACCUGCUAGUGGUGACUUGAGGCCUGCUAAGCAAGAGGGCUCUUCCCAGGACAGCUGUAGAGGGAAACCACCCUCUUCCUGUCACUCUGACCUGGGUUCUGGCUCCCAGGAGGGGUGCGGCUCUCCAUCAUCACAAUCACUUGUCUCUUUACCUCCACAGUCAUUGAAGGACCACUUGACACCCUCUCUCUCAGGUCAGCCUCAGGCAACCCCAUUCCCAAGCCAAGCAAGCCCCCUUCCUGGUUCUAAGGAGCCUCAGGACAGCUCUCUACAGGGGAGGCCCUGUCCAGGUCCCUCCAGUUUCCCAGGGCCAGCCUCCCAAGUGGGUGCCUCCCUAGAUACUGAAGGCUUGUCUGAAGCUGAAGACACAUUUGACCUCACACCCCCCAUGCAGCGGCCUCAGGAGCAGGCCACCACCCGGAAGUUCUCCCUGGAAUCCCGAGGGGGCUAUGCAGGGGUGGCAGGCUAUGGCACCUUUGCCUUUGGCGGGGAUGCAGGGGGCAUGCUAGGGCAGGGUCCUCUUUGGGCUAGGAUGGCCUGGGCUGUGUCCCAGUCCUCAGAAGAGCAGGAUGAAGCUGGGACCGAGAGCCCUAAACCUCUAGACAGCUCCGUGUCCUUUGCUGAGGCCAGUGGGGUUCCCAGUGGGGUUCCCCUAAAGACUUCUCCGAGCUUUCCCCCAUGGCAGGAAAUUGAGCAGGUUUCCCUGGUUCAGAUCCGGGAUCUGUCUGGUGAUGCGGAAGCAGCUGACACUAUCUCCUUGGACAUUUCUGAGGUAGAUCCUGCUUACCUCAACCUUUCUGAUCUAUAUGAUAUUAAAUAUCUCCCCUUUGAGUUCAUGAUCUUCAGGAGGGUCCCCAAACCUAUGGAGCAGCCAGAGUCACCUGACUCUGAAACUGAGGCCGGCCAAGGGAUGGCAGACUUCCUAGAGGAGGCGGCGUGGCCCUGGCCAGGAGAGCUGGGCUCGCAUACUGGCUUGGAAAUCACAGAGGAGUCAGAGGAGCCAGAGGACAUGGAAGCACUGCUGGGAGAAGCUGCCCUGGGCAGAAAACGCAAGUGGUCCCCUUCCCGUGGCCUCUUCCAGUUCUCUGGGAGGUGCCUGUCAGGGGAGGAGCCUGUGGAGCUCGGGCUGCGCCAGCGGGUGAAGGCUUCCAUGGCUCACAUCUCCAGGAUCCUGAAGGGCAAGCCGGAAGGUCCUGAGAAGGAGGAGCCCCCCAGGAAGAAGGCGGGCCUGGCUUCUUUCCGGCUGUCAGGCCUGAAGGGCAGGGACCAAGCGCCAUCCUUCCUAAGAGAGCUUUCAGAUGAGACUGUGGUCCUGGGCCAAUCAGUGACACUGGCCUGCCAGGUGUUGGCCCAGCCAACGGCCCAGGCUACCUGGAGCAAAGAUGGGGCCCUCCUGGAGAGCAGCGGCCACCUCCUCAUCUCGUCCACCCUGAAGAACUUCCAGCUGUUGACCAUCCUGGUGGUGAAAGAGGAGGAUCUGGGUACAUACACCUGCUGUGUGAGCAAUCCGCUGGGGACAGCUGUCACUACAGGUGUCCUCCGGAAAGCAGAGCGCCCCUCGUCCUCUCCACGCCCAGAGGUGGGGGAAGUGUACACGGAUGCAGUGCUGCUGGUCUGGAAGCCCGUGGAAUCCUGCGGCCCAGUGACCUACAUAGUGCAGUGCUGUAUAGAAGGAGGCAGCUGGACCACCCUGGCCUCUGACAUCUCCGAUUGUUGCUACGUCACCAGCAAGCUGUCUCGGGGUGGCAUGUAUACCUUCCGAACAGCGUGUGUCAGCAAAGCAGGAAUGGGUCCCUACAGCAGCCCUUCAGAUCAAGUCCUCCUGGGAGGGCUCAACCACCUGGCCUCUGAGGAGGAGAGUGGCCGGGGGAGGCCAGCCCAGCUGCUCCCCAGCACAAAGACCUUCGCCUUCCAGAUGCAGAUCCGGAGGGGCCGCUUCAGUGUGGUACGGCAGUGUAGGGAGAAAGCCAGUGGGCGGGCGCUGGCUGCUAAGAUUGUCCCCUACCGGCCUGAGGACAAGACAGCUGUGCUAAGAGAAUAUGAAGCACUCAAGAGACUCCAUCACCCACAUCUGGCCCAACUCCACGCUGCCUACCUCAGUCCCCGGCACCUGGUACUCAUCCUGGAGCUGUGCUCUGGCCCUGAGCUGCUACCCUGCCUGGCAGAGAGGGACUCCUACUCAGAGUCCGACGUGAAGGACUACCUGUGGCAGAUGCUAAGCGCCACCCAGUACCUGCAUGCCCAGCGCAUCCUGCACCUGGACCUGAGGUCUGAGAACAUGAUGGUCACUGAGUACAACCUGCUUAAGGUGGUGGACCUGGGCAACGCUCAGAGCCUCGGUCAAGAGAAGGUCCCACCCCCUGAGAACUUCAAAGACUACCUAGAGACCAUGGCUCCGGAACUCCUGGAAGGCCAAGGGGCUGUUCCACAGACAGAUAUCUGGGCCAUUGGUGUAACAGCCUUCAUUAUGCUGAGCGGCGAGUACCCCGUCAGCAGUGAGGGGACUCGCGACCUGCAGAAAGGCUUGCGCAAGGGACUCAUCCGGUUGAGUCGCUGCUAUGCAGGGCUGUCUGGAGGUGCCGUGGCUUUCCUGCAGAGCUCACUGUGCGCUCGACCCUGGGGCCGCCCAUGCGCCACCACCUGCUUGCAGUGCGGGUGGCUGACAGAGGAGGGUCCCGCAGGUUCCAGACCCACGCCUGUGACAUUCCCCACCGCGCGAUUGCGUGCCUUCGUGCGCGAGCGCGAGAAGCGACGGGCGCUACUCUACAAGAAGCAUAACCUGGCCCAGGUACGCUGAGGUCCUGCUCUGGAGGGCAAUAUGUGCCUCACCAUCACGAGGACACCUGCGCCAAUAAAAGAUGCAA